CCACCACCACCACCACCACCACCGCCACCACCCCUGAUGACGCAAUCCAGAAAAUUAGUUAUAAAAAAAUCAGGACAGGCAGAUAAACUACAAGAGUCUAGAGAUACAGAGAGGCCCAAGGUGACGUCUGCUGAACUGAAACAAGUGAAACUGCGGAAAGUCUCUAAUCCAACCCAUGGUGCUGACAAGCUGCCUGUUUCCAAAGGAGGAGCGUUAGUGACCUUAAGUGACCUUAAGAAUAUUUCACUAAGAAAAACAAACUUGAAGGGGAAUACUUCGCAGCCAGAAGUUGAAAAAAGGCUUCCCCAGGAGAUAAUAGGGAUUCAUGGCCGCUUGAGGAAGGUCAGAAUUAAUAGGAGUCCAGGAGGAACCCCCAUAGUGGAUCACCAGAAGAGGCUGGAGACGGGCAGUGGUGUCACACCAGUCCUCACCAGAGCACUGAGGAGGAAAUUUUUGUAUGCAAGAUCACCAUCUCCUAAAAACAAUGAACCAAACUCUCAAGAAAACAGUCCAAAUGGUUUCUCUGAUGCUGUGACAAAGAACAUUAAAGGGUCAGGGGGCAAGAAGAAAGCUGAGCAGAUGGAUUUAGUAGAGAAAAGACCUCUCCUCCCCAGAGAGAACCAAUCAGAUGUUCCUAUCCCAUCACCCCCCAGGAAGAGAAGAUCCUUGACUACUGUCGGUCAUUCAAGCUCUCUGGUUACCAGUGAGAGUUUUGGAAAAUGAUGGCUCUGUUAAGUAGAGCAAAGGACUGCCCUCUCUCCAGUGUCCUUCUUUGAAUGAUGUCACAAAUUGUCCAAAAUAUAGGCUGUUUUUAUUGCCUAGUUUACUUGCAGUUAAUUAAGGGCAAAUACUGGAGUUAUUUCAAGCUUCUGAUAACCAGUGACUUUAAAUUGUCAAUGAUUCACAUGACAAGAAUUAUGUUUUCAGGAACUUUGUUCUUGUUUGUGGUGUUGUCAAAUUGAACAAAUACAUUCAUUGUUUUUUUUUCCUAAGUGCAGAGAAGGACUUAAAACCUUUAUGUUGACAUAAAGGCUAUGUAUUAUGAUGCUUUUUUCAUAAAGGGAUAUGCAAUUUGUGCUCAAUUAUGCCAUUAAUUUCCUUGAUUCACUCCUUGGUGCUCAUAUCUGCUAUUAAUACUUGCUGUAUGCAUAUUUUGAUUUUAAGAUUUUAUACAAGAUGUUAUUUUAAUCUGUGAUGUAUUAUUUUCUGUACAUUUGUUUUUAAAAUGAUGGGUAUUUACUUACUUUGCCUUGGUAUUUGUAGACAAGAGUAAUUUUGAUAAAUUAAAAUAAAAGACAUAAUGAACAGAUGUCUUGUUUAUAAGGAAUAUUUUUAACAACCAGUGUGCUGAAUUGUAAUUCAUCUUUGUCUGUGUACACCACAGAAAAGUCACUGAUGGACUGGAGUUAACAAUGACUGCAUCACUCACCUUUUGACAUUUACUAAAGGAUCUAUUUUGUUAACCACAAGUCCCUUAAACUUAUUUCAACAUUUGAAUUAUAUGUUAACACAUUUUAAUCUUUAUCGUGGUUGUAUCCAUUAACCCUGCAAUAUAUUUAAGUUUUAAUUUACUGAUCUAAAGACCUUAGUAUGUACCUCAUAACGAAAGUAGAGAUUCUUGAGCACCGAUAAGUUUUAUUUCAGCUAGUCUCCACAUCUUCCACGAUAAAAGUGGACUCGUUGCUUUUAAUGAAUUGUAAUAAUAAAUAACUUUGUUUUAUAACCUAGUGCUGAUAAUGGUAUGUUUUAUCUUAUAUUAUUAUGUAGUUACAUUUAUAAUGGUGCAAUUACUGUAAGAAGGCAAUCACACUCCAUACAAGUGUGAUCUUCUUCAAUUUUGAAAUUGGAUAAUAAAAUUCUUUGGAUUAU